CUCAGCCCUGCCUCAGAGCUCUUAACUCCGCCCAUCCCAGUCCUGGCCGCUCAUUUGUGGCCCCACCCACCUCCCCCUCAACCUCAAUCCAGUUUGAUACCACUUUCGCUGUCAGGGCUCAGUGCUUUGGACUUUCCCAGGGUCUUCAGCCUUCCCUGCCAAACGGUGCCGGUGCCAAACUACAACUCCCAGGAUCCCAUCGCAUUGAGCCGUGCAAUUCAAAUGGUGCCAAACUGUAUCAGUUCUGCAGUGUAGAUACCCCUUAUUGAUAUCAUCCAGACAGACUUUGCAUUAUAUUCCAUGACCGCUUUUGCCGCAUCUCGCCUCACUAUAAAUGCCACCUUGUGAAGUCUCUUCCAACUCUUAAGAUUCAUUCACAGAAUAAACCACUGUAUAAGUAUCCGCCAAGGGUGCCUCUACACUGUGGAAUGAAUGCAGGGUUUGACACCGCUUGAACUGUCCAUGGAAUCCUGGGAGUUGUAGUUUGGUGAGCACUAUUUCACAGAGAAGGCGAAAGACAUUGCAAAAAUACAUCUACCAGGAUUUUAUCAAAGUUCCGAGUAGUGCCAAACUGCAUCAAUUCCGCAGUGUAGAUGCACCCAGAGAUAAUAUUGUGCCUUGAGGUCCGGAAGUCCAAUUGGUCCGAUUAUAGCUUCGUUACCCACGCAAGGCAGGCCUUCCAUUGGCCAAAAUCGCCGUCCCGUUUGGCCUUGAUCCACCGCUUGCCCCGGAGCUCCCUUUUGGGCGCUCACUGUUCGCUCCUUUUUCCUCUCGCCUGGCAUUGCAAUCACCAUAAAUUUGCUACUUGGCGGUGAUGUGUACCCAACGAAGGGCUGAAACAACAACUGAAAAAAAAAAAUAGAAUAUCAGAAACUCAGGCAUGGAACAUUCCCUUGGCAAAAGGACGUCCACGUGGCUGACGGAAUGAAAGACACACACGACAGAAAGAGAGAGAGAGUGAGAGAGAGAGAGGAAGGACGACAAGGAGAGAGAAGCCCAGCAUCAGAGCUCUGUGUCGCCCGAAUCGGCUGAGAACAUCCGUCCUGCUUCUUGCAAAUUCCAGACGGAGACUCUGGAGCCGGGAGCUGGCACGUUCAAGCCCACACUGUCCCAGUGAAAGAAUCUAAGAAAGUGGCCAUGAAUGCCGAGCGGAAGGGCCGGAGCUGACCGGGACGUCUUCGUUUCCAAAAAGAAACAAGAUGGCCGCCAAGUCCUUACCCGAUUCUCCAUCUUGGAUGAGCUGGAGGACCCUGCUCUUCCUCAUCCCAUCAGCCUUCUUGGUGGGCUUCGGGCGGAGCUGCCCAUCCAAGUGUGUCUGUCCUGCCCUGGACACGGCUGUCUUCUGCAACAGCCGGAAUCUGACCACCGUCCCCGGAAGGAUCCCUCCGGAUUCCGAGUUCUUGGACCUGAGUCGCAACUCCCUCCACACCUUGAGGGAGGGCAUGUUCUCCCUCCUCUGGGUCCUGAAGGAGCUGGACCUCAGCUACAACAUGAUCUCCAACAUCGAAGAGCGGACCUUCAUUUGCCUCCAGAACUUGAUGACCCUCCGCUUGAAAGGGAACCGGUUGGACAUGGUCCCGGAGGGCGUCUUCACAGGGCUGCCCAACCUCUCUGUCCUGGAUAUCAGUGAAAACCGGAUCCUUGUUUUCCUGGACCACUCUUUCAGGGACCUCUCCAACCUCAGGAAGCUGGAGACGGGGGACAACCACCUGGUCUUCAUCUCCAGCCAAGCAUUCAGUGGCCUUUGGAGCCUCCAGCAGUUGACGCUGGAGAAAUGCAAUAUCACCAGCGUCCCGACCGAAGCCCUCUCCCAUCUCCGCCAACUUGUGGAGCUCAGGCUCAAAGUCUUGAAUGUCACCAUCAUCCCCAACCACGCUUUCCAAACACUCCAUCACCUCAAGGAUCUCGAAAUCCAUCGGUGGCCUUUCCUGACCUCACUGCAGUCCGAGAGCCUCUCCGGCCUGAACAUCACCUCCUUGUCCAUCACCAAGUGCAACCUACACGACGUUCCUUACAAAGCCAUCAAGCACUUGGCCCACCUCCAUUUCCUCGAUCUCUCGUACAACCCCAUCUCCGUGAUCCGAGGGAAGCGGCUGGUCGACCUCUCCCGUCUUCAGGAGUUCCACCUCACGGGCGGACAACUGGCCACCAUACAGGCCCAUGCCUUCCAAGGCCUGGUCCACUUUCGUCUCCUCAACGUCUCCAGCAAUGACUUGCAGACCCUUGAGGAGAAGGUCUUCCACUCAGUGGGGAACCUGGAGGUCCUCCGAUUAGACCGGAACCCGCUGGCUUGUGAUUGUCGCCUCCUCUGGAUCGUUCGGAGGAGGAGGAGGCUCAAUUUCGAGGCCCAGCAGCCGAUCUGUUCUACCAACUCCACCAGGAAAGGAAAGACCUUCCAUAAAAUCUCAGAAGUCCCACCCGGUCACUUCAGGUGUAGGAAGCCAAAGAUUGUGGACAAGUCACUCCAGAAAGCGAAUGUUGACGAAGGCGGACAAGCCGACUUGACUUGCAGAAGCGAGGGAGAUCCACCUCCUGUUGUUUCGUGGGUCUCCCCUCAAAACGUGACGUUGGACAUCGGCCACAGAGGCCGGAUGGUUGUCCUUCCGGACGGCACCUUGAAGAUCCACUACGCAUUGCUUGAAGACAGUGGGUCGUACCACUGUGUCGCCAGCAAUGCCGCAGGCAUCGACGUGAUGGAGGCCUACCUCCACGUCUCUAUACCUCUUUUCAACAGCUCUUCAUUCGCGAGCAACGCCAGCUUACUCAGCGACGCAAGUAACCAGCUCCCUUUCCUGGUGGACCUCGGGACCUUGGUGGGCAUCUUGGUCAUUGGGGUGGUGCCCUUCCUGUGCUCGGUCACAAUUUGCUUCGUCUUUAUCUUCCUCUGGAGUAAAGGCAGAGGGAAGGCCAAGCACCACGUGAUUGAAUCGGUGCCCCGUUUCCCCCGUGGGUACAAGGCCAUCAGUAGCAAAAACAGAACCCCAACUAAAAAACCCAGAUGAGACGAGUCCCUUACUUCCUCCUCCUUGCAGUUAUGGGGCCGUGAGAUGUCUUCUUAGGUCUCGAUCCAAUCGUUAGUCCUAACUAGCGUACACCCAUUGGGUCCACUCAAGUUGGAACUAUGGGAUUAGUAGGCUUCAUUCUGCAUACGGAUUGACUUACCAAAUUCUUGUAGUUAGGAUGAACUACUGAAUUAGUAAGUCAACUUUGAGUCUAUGGACUCUAACUCUGCAUAAGAUAUGACUUACCAUGUUCCAUUGAUGCAGUUACUCUAACUGGAAUUUACUAUUGAAUAGAUGAGUCUAGUUGAGAGUAUGGAGUCAAUGUGUCUAACUUAACAUAUGAGUUGACUUUCUAUUGAUUCACUGAUUUUACUCUAAUUGGGACUUACUACUGAAUCAAUGGGUCUACUGUAGACUAUCAACUAUUUGGGUCUAACGUAACCUAAGAGUAGACUUACCAUGUUCCCAUUAAUUAAAUUACUCUAAUUGGGAUUUACUAUUGAUUUGGUGGAGUCUAGUUUAGCUGUAUCUAUAGUCUCGAUGCAUCCAACUCAACCUAAGAGUUGACUUGUUCCCACUGAUUCAGUUACUCUAAUUGGGAUUUACUAUUGAAUUGGUGAGGUCUACUUUAGUUGAGUCUAUGGUCUCAAUGCUUCCAACUCAACCUAAGAGUUGACAUAUCCUGUCCCCAUUGAUUCAGUUACUCUAACUGGGAUUUACUAUUGAAUUGGUGAGGUCUAGUUGAGUCUAUAGUCUCAAUGCUUCCAACUCAACCUAAGAGUUGACUUGUUCCCACUGAUUCAGUUACUCUAACUGGGAUUUACUAUUGAAUUGGUGAGGUCUACUUUAGUUGAGUCUAUGGUCUCAAUGCUUCCAACUCAACCUAAGAGUUGACUUGUUCCCACUGAUUCAGUUACUCUAAUUGGGAUUUACUAUUGAAUCGACGGGUCUGCUUUAGCUCAAACUAUGGACACCAAAGGCCUAACUCAACAUGGAUUCAACAAUUGGGACUCUAAUUGGGAUUACCUAUUGAAUCAAAGAUCCCAUUGAUAGAAUAUGUACAAUUGAAUCAAUAGGCCUCUUGUAGUUGGGACCAUGGAAUCAAUGGGUCUAACUACCUAAACAUUCUCUUUACUUAUUGUAAGGCUUACCUGGUUGUUCCAGUUCAAAUGUGUAUAUGGUUAUUUUUGGAUUAAAAAAAUUGCUGAAAAA